UCAUCACUCGGCUGCUUUAUUCACUUCAAACACACUGCUAAAUGUCUGCUGGAACGCAACACUUAAUGAAAAUUGAUAAGAGCCCUGAGACAGAGCUGUGAAGUUGAGAGAGGCGCUGAUACAUGGCAACUGAAGGCUUGGCUGGACUGAGGUAAGGUUUGCGUAUUAACGCAAACCUUAACUUCACUAGCCAAGAGUUACUUACACCGUCAACACCUGACAAUUCAGCUUAGCAACUGCUAAAUAUUUUCCGGGAAAAAAUUUAAUGUGAAGCAGUGGACUCCUUCAGUUACACUUGCAAACUAAUACAUGACACGUACCUUUUUCACACUAAAUAUCGAACAAUCUGCUGUGAUAUAAUCUUAUCAACGAUCUACAAGAGCAUCUAUUUACCAGAAUAUCAAGUGGUUAUUAAUAUUAUCUUGAAGAGAUGCGAGUGUUCGGGUGGGAGAGCUGGAGAGGGUCAUUCCGGGGCCAGAGCUCCGGCAGUGACCCAGGGGACACACAUACUUCCUCUACAUCUCACUCCUCCCACCACCACGACACCGACACCAACAUGAGUCUUACGCCACAUAAGGAAGAGCUCCUCUCACAGUUCCGUGAGCGUGUGGCUGGUGUGAUUCCUCCUGGUCAACAACAUGACCACAACCUCCUUCAGUGGCUAGUUGGUGAGCAAACUUUGUGUUACUUAAUAUUAGCGCAAAGUUCCAGCUGCUUAGCACGCAACUUCAACAUUGAUAAGGCAGAACACAUGCUCAGGAAGAGCAUGGAGUGGCGCAAGGAGUGGGGUACUGAUACAGUUGUGGACUGGGAUGUUCCUGAGGUUCUCCAUAACUACUACCCAGUUGGUAUGGCAGGACAUGACAAAACAGGGCUUCCAGUAUGGAUCAUCCCUUAUGGUGGGUGUGACAUGAGAGGACUUCUGUCGAGUGUGCGAAAAUGUGACUAUAUACGCUAUACAAUUCGUGUGCUUGAACUCUCACGACGGGACAUGGCUAAACAAACUCAAAUACUUGGUUAUCCAAUUACCCAGCAAUGUUGUAUCUUUGAUCUAGAAAACUUCUCAUUGAGGCAUGUUACAUGGAAGCCUGCUAUGGAUGUGAUCCUCGAACUUGUUCAGUUGUAUGAGGCCAAUUACCCAGAGUUUCUCAAGUGUGCCUAUGUUAUAAAUGCACCAAAGGUGUUUACACUAGCAUAUGCAGUGAUUAAACCCUUCCUUCAUGAAGUUACCCUCAAGAAAAUACGUAUAUUUGGGCACAGUGGGUGGAAGGAAGCUCUUCUAGAAGAUAUUGAUGGUGAUCAACUACCUCAGCACUGGGGAGGAACCAGAACGGACCCUGAUGGAAACCCCAAAUGUCCCUCACAAAUAUGUCUAGGAGGAGAAGUGCCCAAGAGAUAUUACUUGAGUCUCAGUAAGAGUAAUCUCUCCAAGCUAACAGAGGAUAACAAUCUGUCAACUCUCACACUCAGCAAAGGUGGCAAAAAGAGACUUAAGUUUGAUAUUAAGCAACCUGGAUCCCACUUAAAAUGUGGUGACCUUUGACAAUGAAUUUAGCUAUGUGAGAUCGAAGAAAAUAUUAUACACAGUGCAGGUAGAGCCUCCUGGUGACUUUAAAGAAGAAUAAUGCCUUUUACACCACAAGAUGUUUCAAGGUUCAAAAUCAGAUAGAUAUGUAUUUGGUUUAUUUUGUCAGUGAUGACAAACUGUCAGAUGUAGUGUUACAUAGUAAGGGUAGCCCCCUUGUACACUAUUGUACAAUGAUGAUGAUUAAUUACAUAUUUUUAUGUAUUGCCUUGACAAGUACAGUAAUUUCUUAGUUCCAAGGAAGACCUACUCAUUGGCACUGAUAUAGAAUUACAUCGUUUUUGAUGUAUUUGAAACGUAUUUAAACAAUGAUCAUUUGUAGUUCUUAAAAUAAGUAUAAAUAUUGUACAUGGAGUGCCAAGUACAGCAUUCAUUUUUAAAAAUUUAUCAAUUAUAAAGUAAUUUUUUGGUGUAGCUUAAGAGAAAGGAUCUCCAGUAAAUGCUGAAAAAUACUACAUAACUGCAAUUGGAGAGUAAAUUCCAUAGAACAUUAAGUAUAUUAUCACUAAAUAAAAUACAAUAGAUGCAUCCUCUCAUUGGUAGUCCAUGGUUGGUACAUCAUUAAGUUUAGGAUUUAAGCAAACUCUGUGGCCAGAUAGCAUCCAUAAUUGUCCAUUCUUGUUAUACUUUUCUGAGUAUAUAAUUUGGGAUUUGAUAAAAAAUCUUAAAUCAAAAUUGUCCACUAUUGUUAUGGACAAUUCUGGAUUUAACAAAGGCCAUUAAAUCCAAAAUUGUCAGUUAUUGUUAUGCUUAUGGAAAAACAAUCAUUUGGAUUUAAGAGACAACCAGCUGUAACUGACACUCCCUCCCCCCCCCCCCAUUAGUCCUUUAAAUCUAGGGUUCACUGUAAUGCAUAUUACAUUCAUGGGAAAACAGGGAACUUGCAGGGGUUAAACAGCACCUAGGAAAAUGGGGAACAAUUGGGUUCAAUCCACAUUGAGAGAAUAGAUUAAAACCCUUAAACUGUCCAAACGUAGAUAUAUGUUCGCUCGCAUAGCGCUCCGAACAUAGAUCUACUUUUUUUUUACGUGCUUUCUAGGAGAAAAUCAAGGUCGGAGCGCUACACGUGAAAACACAGAUCUAUGUUUGGACAGUUGAAGGGUUAAAUUCCCUACAUCAAGAGCCCCUCACUAGCAUCAAGGUGCCUCCCAUGAGAAAUUAUAUUGUACAUUAUUAUUCCUUACUGUACAAUCUUUCUCAAUCAUCUAAUAUUAAGGGCAUAUGUGUGUGGUGUUAAGAUUCUAAAAUGUUUAUCAGAUUAUUUGAUAAAAAAAUUUACUAUCACAUUGGCCAUCUCCUACUGAGGUAGGGUGACCCAGCAAAGAGCAUUAUUAUUAUUAUUAGUAUAAUCAAGGGGAAGUGCUAAACCCAUAGGCUUAUGCAGUGCCUGUUUGGGGGAUGUGGAAGGUAUUCAGGUUUAAUUCAGGGAACUGGAGCACAGAUUUAAUUCCCUAGAUCAAGAGCCCUUCACCAGCAUCAAGGAACCUACCUUGAGGGGUCCAGCAAAGAGGAAAAACACUUUCACUGUCAUUUAUUCAAUCACUAUCUUGCCAGAGGCACACAGACAUCACAGUUAAGAUGACCCUAAAAACUGCAACAUCCCCACUCCUCCUCCAUAGUGCAGGCACUAUACUUUUCACCUCCAGGACUCAAGUCUGGUUAUCUAGUUUCCCUGAAUCCCUUCAUAAAUGUUACCCUGCUCACACCCAACAGCACAACAAAUCAUUAAAACCACUUGCCUCCACUCUCCUAACAUGCUCACACAGGCGUGUUGUUUGUACAAGCCCUUGACAUCCAUAACCUCUUACAACCUCCAACCUUUCCUAGAACAAUCCAACUCCUCUCCAUCCCCAGAUUUAUAUGCCCUCCUAGUCAUCCUAUUUUUCUCCAUUUUCUCAAUGUCCAGACCACCUCAACAACCCCUUCUCACCCCUCUUGAGUAAUAUUUUUGGUAACCCCACACCUAAUCUUCAAACCUCAGAUUCUUUUUAAUAUUCACAUCACAGUUUUUAUAUUCUGAAAUAAGACUAAUAAAUAAAUUCUACUGUAAACAUUCACAAUUUGUAAAGUAAAGAAUCAUAUUAUAAAAGAUAAAGAAAAGUGUAGUUUGAAAAUCGUGCAGUACAUACUUUGUGUACGGUACUGUUAACAUUCGUAGGGUAGCACUAAACCCAUAGAGAUCAUAAAACACCUUGGGGAAUGGAAGGCAUUCAGAUAUGAUCCAAGGACAGAGAGAAUAACUUCAAUUCCUUGGAUCAAGAGCCCCUCAGUGACAUCAUAGCACCUUCCCUAAGAGGAUAUACUUAAUGUAGAUUGUAAAGAUAAAUGGGGAGCUUUGAAUGACAUUUGGAGAAUGCAUGAAAUACAUUAAGUAAUAUUAAAGGGAAAACACUAAACCUGUAAGUGUCAUACAUGAUGUGUGGACUAUUGUGGCUAGGUUUAAGCAAAACCAGAAAGACUUUGCAUAUGUUAUUGUUUCUAUGAAAUACAAAAACCAAUGUGACUACCUAAAUAUUCACUUUAUAUUAUUACCUAGUACAACUGUAUUCAUAAAAUAUUUAAUUAAACUGAUUGUCCCAGUCUCAUCUUACUUUGACAUUUCUCAGGACAGUAUUACCCAACAAAUUUUCAACAUUUCAUUAGAAGUUAUAGAUUUUUACUUAUAUGACUUUGCAAUAACAAAUUAAAUAUCUAGAACUGUGCCUUGUAACCCAGAUUCCUAUAUCAGAGUUUUUGGGCAUGAGAAUUUGUAAACUUUUCUCAAGAGGUCUUUUUCAGUCUUUCUUUAGCAUAUGGUAUAUAAUCAAGGAAGACUUUUUUUUAAUCCUGCAAACUAUUACAGUUUAUGACUACAAUAUUUAUACAGGGGAUUAAUAAUCUAGCGCAAUGUUGAGGGCAUUUACAAAAAUUAAUAUUUUGCAAUACCUUUGAAAUUAUUGCCGUCUAUCCUGAAAUUUGGAUAAUUACUUUAAAGAAGAUUGAGGGUUACCAGUUUUAUUUUCUCCCUCUCAAUACUCAUUCCAGUAUUUUACAACUGAAAAUACAUUAUGCUUAAGAUUUUUUUCCUAAUGGUCUUUGAACUCUUGUUACUAACAAAGAACAGCUGCAUAUUUUUUUAUUUUCAAAUACAAGUUUUGGUAUCUCGUUUUCCUAGUAUAUCUAAGCAUAAGUCCACAUUCUAUUAACUGCUGUGUGUUUUACAGUCAAUAUAUGUAAUAUAUAUUUUUUUAAAUAACUGCAGCUCAUUGUGUAAUUCUGAUAGCAUUAAAAAACUGCUAUUAAAAUUAUAAUAGUUCAGUUGUUCAGAGAACCAACAGUUUAGAUAUUGAACACCACUAAAAAAAAAAAGUAUCAUAAGUUUGUUCCUGCAUUUUAAGGAAAAUUAUUUUGUAAAUAAAUACUGUAUUCUA